CAGAAAAGGAAGAACAGGACUAGACUUGCGCAGUAGUUUGACGCAAACCCGGAUGUAACCAACGCCUAAUUGCCGGAGAGAACGAUGCAGACUAUAAAGUGUGUAGUGGUGGGGGAUGGUGCCGUAGGAAAGACCUGUCUACUCAUUUCCUACACAACCAACAAAUUCCCCUCAGAAUAUGUGCCCACGGUGUUUGAUAACUAUGCUGUGACAGUGAUGAUUGGAGGGGAACCGUACACACUUGGUCUGUUUGACACAGCAGGUCAGGAGGAUUACGACAGGCUCCGCCCUCUCAGCUACCCACAGACGGAUGUCUUCCUGGUCUGUUUCUCUGUCGUCUCUCCUUCCUCUUUUGAGAAUGUCCGUGAGAAGUGGGUUCCUGAGAUCUCCCACCACUGCCCCCGCACCCCCUUCCUGCUGGUAGGCACCCAGAUGGACCUGCGAGACGACAGCAACACGGUGGAAAAGCUUGCCAAAAAUAAACAGCGCCCCCUGUCUCCCGAGAGUGGAGACAAGCUAGCCCGUGACCUCCGGGCGGUCAAAUACGUGGAGUGUUCCGCCCUCACUCAGAGGGGGUUGAAAAAUGUUUUUGACGAGGCCAUCCUUGCUGCUUUGGAACCUCCAGAGACUAAACCAAAGAAACGCUGCGUCCUGCUAUAGACGGGGCAGAGAACUGGUUGAGGUCGCAAGGAAACUGUUUAGGAGUGGAAGACAACUAACUUGAGAAGCAGAUCAAUGGCCAGCAUGACAGGACAAAAACAGUGAGCUGGGUUUGAGGUGACAUGACUUGUGAGUCACAUUCCAUACAUGCAUACAAUAAUUGUGCCUUCUGACUAUGUGUGGACAGAGGGGGACAGAACCAGGAUUCCUUUUAAGCAGUAGAUGCAAAUAAAACUGAACUUUAAUCUCCAUUCUGCCCCCCCCCCUUCUGUAGAUACUCUUUUAAAAAUUGCAGUGUUUCCCCAACCCUUACAUAGAUGGGACAGGCCCCCCUCCGCUUAGCACCAUUGUACCCCCCCACUCCAAAACCAAUAUUUACAUUCAAGGGCUGCAGCUGGUUACAAUUGAAAACAAGGAUGUUUUCAGCCUUAAUUGUUACCCUUAGGGGACAUUUGUGCCUAGCUGUGGAAAGUACUGAGGGGGGAAGUCACUCAAUCAACUUAAUUUUCUCUUGUAGUCACUUUGAGUUGCGAACACACAAUAUAUUUGAUCCACUCCAGCCCAGGUAAGCAAGCUAUAAUGGUCACCUUCCUCCUUAGCGAACUUUGAGAACACCAUGUGCAUUUUGGCCUCAGAUUCCAUAGCCUUAUGCAGGUGACGCAUUGAACUGAAUUUAUUAUAUUUUAUUCCUCCUUAUUUGUGUAUGUUGUAUUAAUUGUCUGCCUGUUUGUUCUUACGGGGAAAUUAUAGUGGUUCUUCAGUUUAAAACUUGAGUUUUUUGACUAGGCUUACAACUUGAUUAGAAUUGAUAAUAUAAUGAGAUGUGCUGUAAUAUUUUUCAUAGUUGAUUUUAAUCUUGAUAGCAGUGGUAAUUAUUACAGAUGAUAACAUUUUCAUAGUAAACGCCUAGGUGUUUGUAAUCACGUUUGUAAUAAAACGGUCUAACUGACAAACUGUA